AACAACGGAAACGGAAACUCGAAAGACAUUAGCAAGCUCACUUCCUCGGCGAACAUCCACGUGCAUUGACUGUACUGCGGCUCCACACACUUUAUCAAAAUGAAACGGCCAAAGUUGAAGAAAGCCAGUAAACGCGUGUCAUGUGCACAGCGUUUCAAAAUUCAGAAAAAGGUUCGGGAACACCACCGAAAAUUACGGAAAGAGGCCAAGAAGAAGGGAAUAAGCAAACGUGUGAAGAAGGACAUUGGAAUACCCAACAGUGCACCUUUUAAAGAGGAAAUUUUGCGGGAGGCUGAGCAGAGAAAACGAGAGCUUGAUGAGCUGAAGGAACAGAAUCGACUUGCCAAGACCAACGAGAAGGCCCAGAAACGGAAGCGGGACAAAGAAGCUACCAAAGUCACAACAGAGCCCAAGAGCAAGAAACAGAAGAAACAGGAUAAGAAGACAAAACAAAAACUGCUACGAACGUCGAACCCAAACAGAAGCUCCAAGAGGUUCACAUGCAGAGAACUGAACAAGGUUAUUGCGGCCUCUGAUGUUAUAGUGGAGGUCCUGGAUGCCAGAGACCCGCUAGGCUGCCGGUGUCCUGAGCUCGAGGAAGCUGUGUUGAAGCACGAGGGGAACAAAAAACUGAUGUUUCUGUUGAAUAAAACAGAUUUAGUACCAAAAGACAAUCUGAAUAAAUGGCUGCAGUGUCUUCAGAAGGAGUGUCCAACUAUUGUCUUCAAAGCCUCCACACAAAUUCAAGACAGAACAGUGGAGGAGAAGAAGAAGCGGAUGGCAAACGGUGUUGACCACUCCAGAGCUGGGGAAGCUCUGGGACACGCAUGUCUUCUGGAGCUGCUGACAGAUUACGCCUCAACUCGCGGCACGGAAAACAUGCUGAAAGUUGGUAUCGUAGGGUUUCCGAGCACCGGAAAGAGCAGUUUAAUCAACAGCCUGAAAGGGCUGAGGGCAUGCCAUGCUGGAGUGCAACGUGGAAUGACCAAGUCCAUGCAGGAAGUGCACAUCUCUAAAAGUGUCAAGAUGCUUGACAGCCCUGGGAUCAUCGCAUCGCCUUCGAACCCUGAGGUUACCCUGGCCCUGAGGAGUCUGCAAGUCGAGCAGAAUGAGCAGAACCCAUUGGAGGCUGUUAAGACUCUACUGAAGCAGUGUGAACAGCACGAGAUUAUGCUGCAAUAUAAUGUUCCUAACUACAGAAAUUCCUUGGAGUUUUUGACCUAUUUUGCAAAGAAGCGUGGUCUGAUGCAGAAAGGCGGUGUCCCCAAUACAGAGUUGGCGGCCACAACGUUUUUAAACGACUGGACAGGAGCAAAACUGAGCUACCACACAAAACCCCCUGAGAGUUCUCUCCUGCCUCCAUACCUGUCAGAAACCAUGGUAACAGAGAUGCAGAAGGGAUUGAACAUGGACAAGCUCAAGAGAGGCAACGACCAAACUAUUAACCGUGUCAAGUGCCCCAACCCAGCCAGUAGUAUAGGAUUCCUCUCAAAGGGUCCCACAGCGGGAAUGUUAAAUGAAACUGAGAUCCCAGAGGAAAAAGCCGUGGAGAUGGCCAUGGAGGGAGAGGCAGUGGAGGAGGAAGAGGAAGAGGCAGAGAACAUGGAAGAAGAGGGCAGUGAGCUAGAAGAGUCUGUAGAGGUGGAAGAGGAGGAGCCAGAGCCCAAGAAGACAACAGGUCUUGCUGCAUUGGAGACCCAGAGCAUGAAAGUCACAAAGCAGGUUACCUUCAAUGCUGACCUCGCCACACGGCAAGAUGACGAUGCCUAUGACUUCAACACGGACUUUGUGUAAGCUCUUAGAGCUUGGUGGGAUUUUUUUUUUACAUUUUCAUGUAAACUUCAACGUCCUGGUGACCUUAAUUAUGUCUAAUGUCUGUCUGUAUUCACUGUAAAUAUGCUGAUGUAAAAAUAAACUGCUAUCAUCUAUUAACAA